AACAAUCCGUUCAUACAUAUGAUGAUAUGAUCAUCAAAACAGGCAGAAUUGUGGGCGAAUCAUUUGGCAUCAUCAUCUGACCAAAUUUGACAGGAAAAUCAAUCAAAUCAUUCUAUUUUAAUUCAUUAAUUGAUUUAAUGAAAAAUGCCUGGAAGGAAUACAAUUCCAGAUCGAAGUACAACGAUUCCAAAAACAACUGGACCAUCAUCUAGUUCGGCUAAUUCACCUCCAUUGCUCGAGGAACUUGAUCGUGAAUUACGAACAUUAUUGAAACAUUUUGAUGGAAUUGCUGCUUUCAUCUGUGAUCGUGAAGGUGCUUUUCUGAUCAAAGUUUUAAACGAUUCUAAACCCGAUGGAAUAUUUCUACAAUCAAUGUUACAUCAGAAAUUGAUCAAUUCGAGUGAGAAUAUUCAUAAAAUGAAUCUGGAUGCACCUUCUAAGAUUCUUCUGGAAUAUGAUCGUUAUCAAAUAAUGCAAUUUUUUUCAAACAAAUUUAUUGUGGCUUUUAUCGCUUCCAGUCAAUGUCCGACUGGAACUUUGUUCGCUCUUGAACCAGAUAGUUUGGCUAUAUUUCAGAUACUUCGUGAACAUUUUGAUUAAAAAAUUAUUUUUUUUUUCA